AUGAGACCGACAUUCGAUCGACGCCUCUGGAUAUUAUUGUUCAUUAUUUUAGUACAAUGUACCACCUACACACAACCACAAAAUAUCAAUGCCAAGUCGCAACUAAAGACAACACCCGCCGAACAAGCAUCCAACAACAAAUGGCGCAGAUUAUCAGAGCAGACGCCGCUGGAGAAUCCGUUUGCGUACAGAGCAGAUCUACAGAGAAUACAUCAUGCAGCAGUUGACCAUAGGCAAGGGGAUGUGAAGUGUGCCAAAAACUGUGCAAAAGCCAAAUUAAAGGUUGCCAAAUGGAAGGCGCAACUGAAGAACCGACAUGUUCAUCAGGCUCAUCAGGCUCAUCAGGCGCAUCGGGCAGCGCCUCACAAGGAGGCCAAGCGAAGGUUGCGUCGGGAGACAGAGGAGGAUGAACUGGAGCUGCAGCUGCCCACAGCCAUCCCUAGUGCCAGCACAUUGGCCACCAGUGCCGCAGUCACUGCUUAUGCAAAUAAGUCACUGUCUGGUCUGGUGAGCACGGUGAAGGCGAAGCGAGCACGCUCCACGGUGCAUCUGGCGCCAGAGGAUAUGAAGCCCAAGCCGAAGGAGCCCGUGAUUAUCAUUGACGAUGUGGAGGAGUUUGAUAGUGGGACCUCAACGCGCGAUUUGUUUGCCAAGAGCGGCGAUGAUGGGGAUCUUUUGGACGAGGAUGGUCCACUGGAACCGCGUGUCCUGCCCUUGCGACCAGUGCCACCUAAUCCCUAUGAGGACGAGGAGAUGUCUGUCGUCUAUGCGGAGCAGCAUUCGGAGAUUAGGCUGAUGUGCGAGGUGGAUCUCGACAUUUCCACCAGCAUGUGGUACAAGAAUGGUCAGGUGGUGCAUGCCAUGGACCGCACGUCGCGAGUCACCGACUAUCGCUUCAUCAAGGAGGCUAAUGGGGCGCUAACUAUCACCAAUGUAAUGCUCGAGGAUGAUGGCAAAUGGCAGUGCGAGGCGGAGAAUACACGACGUUAUACCGAGAAUGCUCGACCCGUCAAGUUGGUCGUGCUUGAUCGUCCAAAGCCUCCAUAUCUGCUGAUUGACUCACGUCGUCUGGAUGCUGGUAAUAUCUUUGUGCCUGUCAAGGAGAACUCGGAGCUGAACCUGGCAUGUGUCAGCGAGGGCGGCAAUCCACGACCCACGCUCACCUGGGAAGUGUUGCUUAGUCCAGGAGUGGAUCGGCAUGCGCAGAAGGUAUCCGCUGAGGUGCUGGAACUGGAGGAGAUCAAGAACGAGAAGGAUAAGAACGGCUACAAAAUCAACAGUGGUGCCAAGAGCGAGUCUCGUCUGGCCGCCGUCUACAGGGCCCAUCACAAUGCCCGAAUAUUAUGUGUCAUGGAGCAUCCCACGCUGAAGAUCCGGCAGAAUGCCUCCUUGCUUCUGGAUGUGCAAUAUACACCCUCGUUUGCAAUCUCGCGCACACCUGGCUUCGGUUAUCCCCUGCGCGAAGGCAUCGAAGUUAGCCUGAAGUGCGACGUCGACUCGAAUCCUCCGAGCACUCCGCGGUGGCAGAAGGACGACGGUGACACACCGGUACCUCAAACUGGCGACGGGUUUCUCAACUUUACAUCCAUUAGACGAGAGCAUUCCGGUUGGUACAAGUGCACAUCACGGCAUCUGAACUUUCAAUACUCGUCGAUUGGUUAUUACCUCAGUGUGCGAUAUGACUCAGUGGAUGUCACAUCGGAGCCUGAUGAUCAGGAUGUCUCUGUGGCAGCUGCCUCGCAUAAUCCCAACAAGGGGCAGCUGGAGGUGCAACUUGGCGGAGCUGUAACGCUGCAAUGUCCGCAAGGCUCCCUGGGAUGUUGGUCGCACUUGGAUCCUGUUUCGGCUAGGCUCCGUGGCCUUGGCUAUGGCAGUUCCCAACCAACGGGUCAAUUCUCGCUCAAAGAUGUCAUGUAUCAGGAUGCGGGCACCUACAAGUGCGUGGGCCAAUCUCUGGCCAAUAAGAAGAAGCUCGAAGUGCUUCAAAGUGUCAUCGUUGCAGUUAAAGGUGCACCCACAGUUGUGGCGUUGAAUGCCACACCCGUAGCUUAUCCAGGCUCACCCCUGCACCUUAAUGUGGAGUUCUGUGCAAAUCCUCCAGCACAUGCGGCACGUUGGUUACACGGCGAUCGCGUAUUCACGCCGGGAAAUCAAUAUGGCAGCACUGUAUUGGCCUACUCGGUUAAGGAUCUACCUACACCCUACUGUAAGGAGGCUCGUCUGACAUAUGUCAGCAUGCACGAGCGUGUACCUCGAACUUUCUACUUUAUCGUUUCGACUCCAGGUGGCGUUGCUGAGGCCGUCUUCAAUGUGAACUUCACGAAACGCCAUCGGCAAAUGUCGAACGCAAUUGAUGACGACGAGGAAGAGGAGCUCAAUCGACCCGAACAAAUACAUUUCCCAGUCUUCAGCAAUAAUACUGCGAGCGAGCAGGGACUCGAGUUGGCCCUAGUGUUAACUCUUUUUGGUAUUACGCUGCUGCAAUGCCAUUAGCUUUAAGCUUUUUAGUGUGAUAGAGGAAAACAUAGCCAAUGAUAUUGUAUGUCUGAGUCUAUUUACACGAGUGUGUG